GCUGUAAGCCAUAUCUAAGUACUAUGAUUGGUUACAUGGUUUCCCCACAUACGGGGAAUGACUAAUGACAAAUGCCUUAAUAAAAGUAGAUUUUAGGUGAAAAUUCACUCAAGUUACUUCAGGACUCCAGAGUUGCAUAUAAGUAUAUUUAUUCAACAACAACAAGCUCGUCGGGCUCACUUAUGACUUGGCAGACAAGUGAGAGACCCUGGCCCACUCUCAGGGAGGGAGAGAGAGAGAGCGCCCGGGCUCACUCCCAGACUGCAGCAGACAAGAGAGAAGCAAAAUUAAACACAUCACACAAGGUUUAUAUAGGAAGAAGUUAGCAUUCUCUGACGACAAAACAUUUUGUCAGAAUGGAUAACCACGUGGUGGGUCUCUGACGUCAAAGGUAAUCUUACUAUGCUUUUUGCAAUGCAAUGCAUCAGCAAGGUAGAAAAGAAGGAUAACUAGUUCUUCUUAUCAGCCCUUGCUUAUGCACACACACAGAAGGUAUACUUUUAAGCACAUACACAGAGCACAAACGUCAGCACUUAAGAAUCAAAGAUAUACAGAAACAGAAAAUUCAUGUUUCAGCUAACAAAGGCAUAUGAUUAACACCCAUUCAUACUUGAUUAAAGUCAUAGUUUCAUAUUUCAUAUUGUAGUUGGUCACUGGAAUCACAAGUCUUUAAAAAAAAAAAAAACAACACAGAUACACAUGCAAAUUUGCAGUGCCUAAUUUGACAGCAGUUAAAUCAACUGUUGAUCAUGACAGAUGACAGUCUAGAAAUGGACUGAAAAUGGGCUUUUUCCUGCUAUCUCCGACACCACCCUCACUGGACUGUCAAUCAAACCUCAUCAUGUGCCACCCUUCCAAAUAUAACGCGUUCCCAGAUGCAUCAUCUCCUGAACAGGAAGGUCUGGACUGGGGUGGAUAUGUUGAGCAGCCGUGGGAGCGGAGGCCAUAUCAAGAAGGCGCCCAGACACAGUAAUGAGGGACUUUGAAACAGGCUGGCUUGAUCUGCUCAUUCUGUUCAGUGUCCUCACCAGGGGCAUCACAGUCAAAAGGUUCUCUGUUCCUGAGGAACACUUCCUGUUUCUGCACUGCGACAGCAAUGCAGACGACCCGAAUAUUGAGUGGACAAAUGGGAAAGGGGAAAUCAUUGCCCUGCAAAAUGGAGCUGCAGUGUCUUACCUCAACCAGAAUAAGUAUCACAUAUCCGACGGAUACCUACAGAUUAAGGAGCUGGAGCUCUCUGAUGCUGGACAGUAUUUCUGUAAUGGUCACCUGGAGGCCGAAGUGGAGGUGCUGAGAGGUCAAGUCUUUUCCAUAUCAGAAGGAAGGACCCUGUUGAUCCCUUGUGAAAGUGACCGAAAGCAGGUUUGGUCCUUCAAGAAAGAGAAGAGCUUGCGGCGGGUGACCAUCUUCACCUUAUUCAAGAAUGGAACAAUAAUCAGAGAGAGGGACGACCCGCAGGGACGGUUUGUCCUCCAUCGCCGGGCUCUUGAGAUAGUCCGUCUGGAGCUAGAGGAUUCUGGGAGGUACAUGUGCAACAGCAACCUGGUUGCCAAGGUCACCGUGAUAAAGGCUCAUCAGGAUCAGUUUAACCAAACCACAUCAGUAGUAAUGGAUACAAUUGUUACAGAUUCACCAGAAAUACCUGUAACAAGUCCUAUAUUUCAGAAAGUGGCUGUCGUUGCAGUUAUCGGACUAUGCGUGCUAGUGUCAUCCGUUCUUCUGGUGUCCCUCAUUUUGUGCCAGAGAAAGAGGACGAGGAGAAGAAAGAACAAAAAGAACGGCAGAUUAACAGGGACAGGACAUCAGCAUGAAGAAACUGAGCUGCAACUUCAGGGGCUGUCCACUAGGGGUUCACCAAAGACACACAGAGACGUAGGCCAGAGUCUGCCAGCGGAUGGAAGGGAGCUCCACUAUGCAUCACUGGGUCGGCAGAACUGGCUGGAAAGAGGACGAAUGCAAGACAACGAUCCCCAGGUCAUCUAUUCUACUGUUGCCGUGGCAAUGAAUCCAACUUCCGAAUAGAUUCUGUGUUCAAGUUUUGUUUACUUCCUGUGUGCCCUGCUGACACACACACACACACACACAAACACACAGACACACACACACACACACACACACACACACAAACACACACACAAGCAAAAGAUGAGUUGUGUGGGAGGUGAGAACUACAGGUAUGAUUUGUGAUACAAAAGAGUCAUGUACAGAUUUCCAUGAUAAGAUGUGAGCAUGACGUAUAAUAAAAAAAAUGACAAAAAUGCCUGUA